AUGUCUGGCAGUGCGCGUCCUUCUGCUGUGAGGCAGGAGACCGUCAACCCGGCACUGAGCGAGGAGAACAGAGUCCUGCAGAACCCCGUCACGCCGACGGUCAGCAACGAGGACCGGAAUCCAUUUGCCCAGUACGAACCGCAACCGACUGCAGGCGCUCAAGCCCUACCGCGCAAUCCACCUCAGCACAUUCUUGAAGCGAUUGGCGCCAAUGGCCACGCAGAUGGAGAAGCUGGUGUCCAGAACGGAGAGGACCUGCUUCGACGCCUGAGUCUGACAGGAACCACUCCCGCAAGGCAGGAGCUUCACUCUUUCGACCCACAUGCAACGCAUCCUAACCUGACGCUGAGUGGCAACAUCAUUAGUGCUGCGUUCUGUGUUCCCUAUAAGAUCGGCUACACGACGUCUGGAGAAUGGGAGCUCCACUCACGACGGGGCACUUCGGCCUUGUUCGACUCCUUUGCAUAUCUUUCUUCCCCUGAGUCUCCCUGGAAGCAUACACUUGUCGGCUGGACCGGAGAAAUAGAUCGUGCUUUCAAGCGCAAGGAGCCUACUGACGCUACAAACGGCAUGACAUCUAUGGAUGCGAUACCACUCAACAAGGCCUCGGCACCAAUACCAGUCAAUCGUGGCGAGAAGCCGAUUGAGCCCCAUGAGCUUGCAGAACUCCACGUUCCGCUCGCAGACCGACUCACAUUGGAGAAGCAGCUCGAACAGCAGCAAGGUGGCCGGGUCGCUCCGGUGUGGUUGUGGGAUGAGAUCGACGAUAACGAGAUUGCCACCUUCCGGAACCAAUCUCGAUGGCGACGGUACGGCGAGCAUGAGCUCUUCACUCUCUUCCACUACAAGCAGAACGAGCCAACAGACGGACGAGAUCUACGCAAAGCGUGGGCCGACUACUACAUGAUGAACAAAGCUUUCGCAGACGCCAUCAUCAACGCGUAUAAGCCUGGCGAUAUCGUACUCAUUCAUGACUACCACCUACUGCUGCUACCCAGUCUACUUCGUCAGCGGAUACCAAACAUCUACAUUGGAUUCUUCCUGCACGUACCGUUCCCAAGUAGCGAGUACUAUCGCUGCCUAACACGCCGCAAGGAAAUCCUCGAAGGCAUGCUAGGUGCAAACAUGAUCGGUUUCCAGGCGUAUAGUUACGCACGGCACUUCUCAUCAUGCUGCACUCGCAUUCUCGGCUUCGACUCCUCCAGUGCUGGUGUCGACGCCUACGGCGCACAUGUGCCGGUGGACGUCUUCCCCAUAGGCAUCAACGCGGAAGCAACAGCACAAGCCGCCUUCGAAUCUCCUGGAGUCGAGCAGAAGAUGAGAGGCCUUCGUGAGCUGUACGAGGGCAAGAAGAUCAUCGUUGGCCGUGAUCGUCUGGACACGGUCAGAGGUGUUGCGCAGAAGCUGCAGGCUUAUGAGAUCUUCCUCGAGCGGCAUCCGGAAUGGCACGACAAAGUUGUACUUAUCCAAGUAACGUCCCCCACUAGUAUUGAGGAGCGUGACGGUAAAGGCGACAAGACUGCCAACAAAAUUUCCGAGCUGGUGGCAAGAAUCAAUGGCUCCUUUGGCUCGCUGAGCUUUACCCCAGUUCAGCACUAUCCGCAAUACUUGACCCAAGAAGAGUACUUUGCACUCCUCCGGAUAGCAGAUCUUGGUCUGAUCACCAGCGUUCGUGAUGGCAUGAACACCACCGCGCUUGAGUAUGUUGUCAGCCAACGUGACAACCAUGGCCCACUCAUCAUCUCCGAAUUCUCUGGGACCGCUGGAAGUCUUGGUAAUGCCAUUCACAUCAAUCCUUGGGAUCUGGGUGGCACCGCCGAGGAAAUUAAUGCUGCCUUGACGAUGUCCGAAGACGAGAAGAGCGAUAAGCACGACUUGCUCUACAAACAUGUCACGACCAACACAGUCCAAGCAUGGACCACCAAUUAUGUCAAGCGACUUUUGACAAACUUGUCCUCGCACGAUCAAUCCAUCGCCACGCCUGUGCUUGAUCGCGCCAAGCUGCUAACCCAAUACCGAGUCGCGGAGAGACGACUCUUCAUGUUCGACUACGACGGCACACUCACACCCAUUGUCAAAGACCCUCAAUCUGCCAUUCCCUCUGACAGAGUCAUUCGCACCCUCAAGACCUUAGCCUCCGACAGCCGCAACCAAGUCUGGAUCAUUUCCGGUCGUGACCAAGCCUUCCUCGACGAGUGGAUGGGCCACAUCCCGGAGCUAGGCCUCUCCGCCGAACACGGCUCCUUCAUGCGCAACCCCAACUCCCGCGACUGGGUAAACCUCACCGAGACCCUCGACAUGUCCUGGCAGUCCGAGGUCAUCAAGGUCUUCAACCACUACUCAGAACGUACCCAAGGCAGCUUCAUCGAGCGCAAGAAGAUUGCGUUGACUUGGCAUUAUCGCCGAGCAGAUCCGGAGUAUGGCGCGUACAUGGCGAGAGAAUGUCAGAAGCACCUCGAGCAGACUGUCGCGAAGAAGUGGGAUGUUGAAGUCAUGACUGGCAAGGCUAACUUGGAAGUGAGGCCGAGAUUCGUCAACAAGGGCGAGAUCGCGAAGAGGUUGGUGCUGGAGUAUGGGAAGAGCGCGCCGGAUUUUGUGCUGUGUGCUGGUGAUGACUUUACUGAUGAAGACAUGUUCCGCAGUCUUCGCCAGUCGAAGCUCCCAGAGGACCACCGCUUCGCCGUCACAGUCGGCGCGAAGACGAAGCAGACCCUGGCGACAUGGCACCUGCUGGAACCUUCCGACGUCAUCUCUGUCGUCGCUCUGCUUAACGGUUCCACCGACGCUGGUAAUGCCGGCGCCGUGGCGAUCGUGGAUGGGUCUGUGCCGGACACGCGCGUGGGAUAA